AUGGUACUAAAAAUGGGCCGCAAUCAAGGCAGUGGAAAUGAUAAACCGAUAAGACCAACGAAUAAUAUUUCGACGCUAAAUAAGCAAAAAGUUUCAGCAGUCGAAGAUAUGACAGAAGUGGAAAUAACCGAAGGAACAGAAACAAAACUAUUUACGGAGAAAUCUGAAAAACCAGAAAUGGAUGAAUUUAGGAGUGUUAAGAAUGAUAUCAGUGAUAAUGAUACAGCUGAAGCACAUACAUCCGAUGAGCAACAAAAUGAUGAAGAGAAUUUCAAAAAGAUGGAUGUUAGCGUAAAAGUUUGA